AUACUGUAGAAAAAAGAAACGAGCACAGGGAAAAAAAAGUUGUAAUUUGCAUUUCCGAAAAUUCCAAAUAGAAUUUGAAUUUGGUAAGCGUGUUUCAGUAGUUCCAAUCCGUUUUGCAUAAUUUCCCGCCAUUCAUUCGAUUCCAUCGGAGAGAUUGCGAUGGAAGCUUCCACUUCUUCCUACAAGAUUAUAUUGGGUUCGUCUUCCGUCGCACGCCGCAAGAUACUGGCCGAAAUGGGAUACCAAUUCACAAUAAUGACUGCGGAUAUUGAUGAGAAGAGCAUCCGGAAGGAAACUCCAGAAGAGUUGGUUAUGGCUCUGGCCGAGGCCAAGGCCAAUGCCAUUAUAUCCAAACUGCAAUCUACCAGUAAUCAAGAGAGGGUUGUUGAACCAACUGUAUUAAUUGCAGCAGACACAGCAGAAGCCAUCUUGCAAAGGCUCCCUGUUGAUGACUACUUAAAGGAUGCGGAGCCAACACUAUUAAUUACCUCCGACCAAGUGGUGGUGUACGAAGGUGUGAUUAGGGAAAAGCCAACAAACAAAGAAGAAGCUCGACAAUUCUUGAAAGAUUAUUCUGGAAGGCAUGCUGCAACUGUGGGAUCUGUACUAGUUACUAACCUUAAAACAGGAUUUAGAAAAGGAGAUUCAGAUCGUGUGGAGAUAUAUUUCAAUGAAAUACCUGAUGAAAUCAUUGAGAAGCUGGUUGACGAGGGAAUUACUCUCAAUGUUGCUGGUGGGCUGAUAAUAGAGCAUCCUUCAAUACUGCCAUUUGUCAAAGAAGUGGUGGGAACAACCGACAGUGUGAUGGGACUCCCCAAAAGUCUGACCGAAAAACUGUUGAAGGAGGCUCUGUAGCUUACUUUUCCUACCCUUCCACCUUGUAAGACUGUCAGGGGCAAAGUAAUAGCUUAAACUAUGAAUCUUAACCUUUGAUCGUAACAUUUUUUCUAAACUCAGUGCUGUCUUUUCUGGUGUUAGCUAUUUGUAAGCUGGGGAUGUACUGUGUGGCAGCUAUGUCUGAACUUUUAUUGGGUAUUCUGAUCCAAGUUAAUGGAUUGGCCCAUCUUUUAUCAGCAGCAUAUGUCUGUAUGAUGACUAUGCAUUGUUUUCUUAGAAUAAUAAUCGCAUGUUGACGUUGAAUUUAUUCAGAUUCUAAUACAUAGUGAAAACAUGGUGUCCCGGGUUGUUGAAAAUUUCAUUCUGAAAUUAAGGGUGACAUCUGCUGUAA